AUUUCAGUGAUUCGAUCACAAAAACAAGCAAGAGACUUGUUGUGCCUUUCCCUUGUUUUCAAUGAGCACCCUUGUAUAACAGCGGAAUCACUGAUCUACUUGAGACCGGGGAGCCUAUUUUUUUAUAGACUACGGUGUGUACCUUUACACGUGCAAAAUCUCGUCGCGUGUUUGAGUACGCACGUAGGAGUUAGAUAAGGGUAUGUUUUUCAAAGGAUAAGUAUCUCUCGCGACCGUCAACAAUAAUUAUCCGUCGACAAUCUGACGAGUACGAAUGGAGGAGCGGGUGCAUAAAGCGCAUAGGGUUGCGAAUGCAACUGAUAGAACUGUGCCGCAUUUCAUUCCGUACGUAAUUCGCGUCUCGACAAGAAUUCUCAAUUAAUCUCGCAACACUAGAUUUUCAGCAAUCGACGAUGCUUUUAGCGGUGAUUCUCAUCAAGCCUAUUCCGAAGCAACGAUAUUUUUGCAAAAGAUCUCCUCGUGACUUUGUUUCUUCGUCCUGUCAAAUUUAAAAGGGUGUCCGUUCAAUGGUGUUCGCGAAUUAUUUUACGAGUGCGCCUUCGAACGUCAUUGACGAAACUGCCCUUAUGUCCAGAAAAAUGCAUCUGCGGUGGAACGAUUUCGAUAAACAACAAACGGCGAAUAAAAUGACAAACAACAAACCCUUAAACGUGGACGAAUACAACGUGGCGAGUAAUAACAAGUCGAUAAACAGCGAUUUAUACCAAGCAGUAUUUCCGAUUUAUCACAUCAGCAAACUGACCGGUGUAUUUCCAACGAGAUUUGUCCGACAGGUGUCUGGCAGGUAUCAAGGGCGAUUGAGCGUCAUCGAUAGCAUUUACAGUCUGCUUCUAUUGGCGAUCCUGUUAGGCAGCGAGAUCUUUGGUUUCUGGCGCGAUCUCAGACAUGGAUGGGAAAGCAGCACCCGACUUAAGUCGCAAAACGCGGUGCUCGUCACCUCGGGCGACGUGUUGGGUGUGAUGAGUCUCACAGCCGCCUCCAUCAUCGGUUCUAUUCUGUACUGGCAGCAUGUGCAGAUUGUCAUCGAUAAACUGGUUGAGUGCGACGAGGAGAUGGGAAUCCUCUCACCGAAGAAGCUGCAAAGGGUCACCAUCCUGCUGACGUUGGCCAGCCUCUCCUACACCAUCAGUCUUUCCUGUCUCGAUGUCUAUACAUGGAAGUACGAAGUGAAGCUGAAUAAUAAGCCGGACGCCACGGGUCCAUUCAAUUAUCUUCCCCUGUACUUUAUGUACAUCGUUAUCAUUAUGAUGGAGGUCCAGUUUGCCAUUCUUGUGUACAACGUGGGCCAGCGAUUUUUUAGGAUCAAUAAGAGCCUUGAAAAUAUCCUAAACAGUAGCAAGAUUACGAAUCAAUUCAGGAAGGAUCUUGGAUUAGCUGGUGAUCUGCGAGAUCAAGGACAACUCAUUACGUAUAUCCAACAAGAAAUGAUGGGAAAUACCAGACUGUUUCGUAAAUCGAAUAUCAUGGAUUCCACUGUCGCAAAUGAUAAUAGAAGCUUCACGGACAGAAUAUCCCGACUGUUGGCAGUACACUCAUCUUUAUGUGACACGAUUUCGCUUAUAAAUAGCGCUUAUGGCGUCGUUUUACUUGUAAUUACGGUUACCUGCUUAAUACAUCUCAUUAUUACGCCGUACUUUUUGAUAAUGGAAGCUGACGGAAGGCGCGACCCCCUAUUCCUCGCGGUACAAGCAUUGUGGUGCGUCUUUCACAUUUGGAGACUGCUCAUGAUCGUGCAGCCCACAUAUGCCACUACAAUGCAGGGAAAGAAAACAGCAGAAUUGAUAAGCCAAUUGCUGCCCGUGAGUCCUGAUAAGGAAGGUACGAAACAACUAGAAAUCUUUUCGCUUCAGCUUCUGCAUCGCCCGUUAGAAUUCACAGCGUGCGGACUCUUUACUCUGGAUCGUACUCUCGUGACUUCAAUUGCUGGCGCAGUCACAACGUAUCUCGUAAUAUUGAUCCAGUUCCAAAAAGAGGACGACACAAAGGGUAGUUUCGACAACAUAUUGAAGAAUGCUACGCAAAUGCUGAAGAACGCGACGACGCUUCACAAUAUUACAGCGGGAAGGUUAGGCCUGUAAAUUAGGAUAAACUGUGCUUCUCUUCGUUCUUACUUUUUUUAUGUUUUCGAAUCUAUAAUAAAGCUUUUUAAAAUUUAGUACACGUCGCCCACACAUUUAUUCGUAAAAUAUCCACGAUCGAAAGAAUCA